AUGGCUUCCACCACGGCGCCUCCUCCAGGAUGUGGCAACAUUGACCCUGACUACUAUUUCCUCUGUGAUGUGUGUGCAGCCUGGGGCAUUGGCUUGGAAACUCUGGCUGCUGCAGGCGUUCUGGCUUCUCUGAUCCUCUUGAUGGCAUUCUUUGCUCUUAGCUGGAUGGUCAAAGACAAAAACAAGAAAAACCUGAUUCCCAUCCAAUUCCUCUUCAUUCUGGGUACCCUAGGAAUAUUCAGCCUCACCUUUGCUUUCAUCAUCCGGCUCAAUAAUAAAACUGGCUCCGUACGCUUCAUCUUGUAUGGAGUCCUCUUUGCACUUUGCUUCUCCUGUCUUCUGACCCAUGCCUCUAAUCUCAUCAAACUGGUGAGAGGAAAGGCCCCUCUUUCCAAGUUAUCAAUGCUGGUACGUGCUGUUGGCCUCACAUUCAUUCAGAUUAUCAUAGCUGUCAAAUACAUCAUUAUCACUGUAGAAAGAGAUGGCAUAGACAUGGCCAAAAUGGGAAGAGAACAGCGCAACAAGGACUUUGUCAUGCUCCUGAUCUACGUACUUGUCCUCAUGGUCUUCUCCUUUAUGAUAUCCAUGUUCACUUCCUGUGGACCAUACAAAGGCUGGAAGAGGCAUGGGAUGCACAUCUCUGUCACUCUCCUCUUCUCCAUAGCCAUCUGGAGUUCAUGGAUCAGCAUGCUGCUCUUGAGUGGCAUCCCUACCAAUGGGGAGCAAAGCCGAUGGGAUGACCCCCUUAUUAGUGUUGCUUUGGUGGUGAACGGAUGGGUCUUCCUCAUGAUGUAUACAAUACCCGAGAUCUGCUUCCUUACUAUCCCACACCAGCCUGAAGAUUACCCUUCAGAAGAGAUUCUCUGGAAGUCCACAGGCAGACAACAGAGUGUUGAAGCAGGGAGUACUCAAGCUCCAGAUAAAGAAGGAGCUGAAGAAGACAUUUUGUUCCCCCCAAAUGGAACUGGAUUCCAGCCAAAGGACCCUAAACCCAAACCAUGUUUCUCUAUUCCCCGGACAAUGCUUCACCCUGCAUACAGACAGGAAAUGAUGGUGCGCUAUGAAGCCAAGAGGCUGGCCAAAGGCACACAUACUUCAAUAUGA